AUGUAUAUUGAUGAUCACAAGUACCAAAAGCAUUGUCUUGAAAUGAGUAGGAGCAGAGGGCAUCCAAGUGGGGAUGAUUGGAAGAAGGUAAAAGGUUUUACAAAGUUUCUUGACAUUUUCUAUCAGAUUACAUUGAAUUUUUGGGGAACUUUUUAUGUUACUUCAAAUUUUUUCUUCCAUGAGCUUUUUAAUCUUAGUUUUAUUACAAAAAAUUCUCAUGGUGAUGAUGUGGUGUUGAUUGAUAUGGCUGAUAAGAUGCAAGUCAAGUUUGAUAAAUAUUGGGGAGACUUUGAUAAUAUGAAUAUUUUAAUAUUUGUCGUUGUAGUAUUGGAUCCCCGGUACAAGAUGAGGUAUGUGAAGUUCAUUUUUGUCAACUCUUAUGGUAUUUUGGUGGGAAAUUUGAGAUCGGAGAAAGUGAUGAAUACUUUAACUCGCUUGUUUAAUCAUUUCAAAGAUUCUUCUUCUAGGACUUCUGCUGAGAAUUUGGGAGGUCAAUUUAACAUGUUGACUGAAAGUGAUAGUGGUGAGAUAUGUAAAUCACAAUGGGAAAAAUAUUUACAAGAGGAAGAUAAUGUUGGAAAUAUGAAUGAUCUUGAGAGGUACUUGAUAGAUGAUAUGGAGUUCACCAAAGAUUUAAAUAUAGUGGCUUGGUGGAAAGAUGCAAGUAAAAGGUAUCCAAUUGUUUCUAGGAUUGCGAAAGAUGUUCUUACAGUUCCUAUUUCUACUAUUGCUUUCGAAUCAUCUUUUAGAAAUGGAGGGUGGAUUCUUGAUUCGUAUCAAAGUUCUUAA